GUUUCGAUUUGCAGGUGUCCUUGGCGGGUAAUAUGAGUGACUUAAAGCCCAAGCUUGCCUUCUCAUUUCUUCAGCGAAAAAAGCAACUGGUUUAUAAUCCUAAAGUCACAUCUUUGGAUGCAAAUAAUGGCGAAAAUACUAUUAAAGGCGAAAAAGAAUUCAUCACAUCAAUUGAAGAUAAAAUAAUGCAUCUGUUCAACUGCAAAAAAAGAAGAGCAACUUGUCAUACCAUUAAAGCGUAGUAAAAGCAGCUUUCAGGAGCGAAUGAAAAAGAAUUUCUUGCCAGUUGAGUCCUUGGACCCUCUUACGCUUCAGGCGUUGCAAGAAAUUAAGGAAGAGAGCCAAGCAUUUUCAAGUAAUUCACACAAUUUUCACGUAAAUUAUGAUCUUAAAAUACCUGCCAAUAGUUCUGAAACCACCGAGGAAACUGAGAAUGCAAACUAUGAUGCAAUCCCUAUUGAAAAGUUUGGUGUAGCUCUCUUGGCUGGAAUGGGUUUUGACCCUAAAUCUCUUGACAACUCUAAGAGAGAGGUUUUACUACCUCAGCGACCAAAGGGACUCGGACUAGGCGCAGACCCAACUGCAGUUCAAGAUGCUAAACAAGAAUUGCUAAAAUCUAAAACAGAACAACUGACAUGGGAUCCCGGAGCGCGUUGUCAGAUUGUAUUAGGAAAGAACAAGGGUCUUUAUGGCACGUUAGAAGGACUAGAUGGAGACACUGGUCGUGUGAUUAUUAGAUUAAAAGUGUCGAAAGAAGCAGUCACGGUACUUCAACAUACUGUCCGUUUGGUUCCUAUCAAAGAAUAUGCUGCGUACUCGAAUUGUAUAAACCAAAAUCAAGUCGAUGAGUAUAAAGCACGCGAAGCAGAACAGUUAUUACUGAAAUCCAAUCAUGAUUCCGACUCUGACCCGCCGAGAUCAAAAUCGACACAUAGUGACUCUAUUCUUAAAACAUCGAAUAUCUCUAAAGAGGAUAAACCACUAAAAUGUGAACCAAAUAGACCAUCUGGUAGUAUAUCUUGGUUAAGACCGAAAUUAAUUGUUCGAUGCUUAGAUCGAAAUUAUUGUGGUGGGAAAUAUAAUAAAGAAAAAUUAAUUAUUAUUUCUAUCGACGGUAGUCGAUGCAGCUGUAAAACAGAAUCUGGUCAACUAAUCAAAGGUAUUUUUUUAAACGAAGCAUAUUUUAUUACUUUUCAAUGUGAUACUUUUUGUAGAUCUUCCUAUAAAGUAUUUACAAACAAUUAUACCGCAUGAAAUGAAUUCAGUUUUAAUGAUUGUAAACGGAGAAAGAAGUGGUCAGGUAUGUAGUGUUCUUCAUAUCCCUUUUUAUCACUUAUCUUUCAUAAUUUAGCGUAGAAAAUCAGUUCAUUAUGUAAUCUUUAUCAGUUAUUGUUAUCUGAUUUUUGCUCUUGGUUAGACUAAAUAUACAAAGCUACCAUAAAUAAUUGCUAUAGGCUGUCUACCCAAGCACAAUUUUCUAACCGGUAAGCUGAGAUCUUGUGGCUGACUGGUUCUAUCUUCACUUCAAUUGAAUAUGAUAUAUUUCAAUGCUCAUUCUUAACUGAUAAUUUUUAUAAUUUUCGUAACCGUGCAUUAUUCAUCAGGUGCAAUAGAAAUGUUACAAAUAGUCCGAAAUAAAUCCUAGUUUAAUGUAACUUAGUACUUUUAUGACAAUUUCUUAAUUCUUCGAGUACUUUGUAUUAGAGUUUUAUCUGCUAAAUAUUUUUUUAACUAUCCAUUUGUCACUAAGAAACUUACUUACGCCUGUUACCCCUGGUGGAGGAACAUAGGUCGCCCACAAGCACUGUCCAUACAACCCUGUCCUAGGCAAUCCUUUCCAGCUGUUAUAUCCUAUUCAUGUCUGCUUCCAAUUCCUGACGUAGUGUGUUCUUCGGCCGCCCUCUUUUCCGUUUUCCUUCAGGAUUCCAAGUUAGCACUUGCCUCGUGAUGCAGUUUGGUGAUUUUCGUAAUGUAUGUCCUAUCAACUUCCAAUGUCUUCGAUGAUGGUUGUAAUGGUUCUCCACGUUUCAGCUCCAUACAGUAGGGCUAUUUUGACGUUCGUAUUGAAGAUUGUGACUUUGACAUUGGUUGACAGUUGUUUUGAGUUGCAUAUGUUGUUCAAUUUUAGGAAUGUGGCCCUUGCUUUGCCAAUCAUCGCCUUUACGUCUGCAUCCGAUCCUCCUUGCUCAUCGAUGAUGCUUCCCAAGUACGUGAAAGAUUUCACAUCUUCCAGAGCUUCUCCAUUAAGUGUGAUUGUGUUGGUGUUCUCCGUGUUGUAUUUGAGGAUUUUGCUUUUCCCUUGUGUAUGUUGAGGCCUACUGAUUUAAAGGUUGCUGCUACACUAGUUGUCUUCAUCUGCAUUUGUUCGUGUGUAUAGGAUAAAAGGGUCAGGUCAUCUGCGAAGUUCAAGUUGUAUAGUUGCAUUCAACCUGUCCACUAUAUUCCGUACUUCCAGUGGGAAGUGGAGGUCUUCAUAAUCCAGUAAACCACAAGAAGAAAGAGGAAUGCGUCUGUCAGUUGUCCUACAUGCACGACUUUGCAUUGUAGUCCGUCUUAUGAAUUCCGGAUGACGUUGACGAUCUUCCCAGGUAUACCAUAGUGUCUAAAGUUUCCAUAAGAUCCUCCUAUCCACACUGUCAAACGCCUCUUAGUCAGUAAAGUUACUGCAUAGUGAUGAGUUACACUCAACUGAUUGUUCAACGAUGAUUCGUAGCGUCACGAUUUUGUCUGUGCACGGCCGAUCCUUACAGAAUCCAACCUGUUAAUCUGGAAUUUGGACGUUUACUGAAUCUUCCAUCUGGUUCAGCAACACUGUUAAAAACUUUUCCUGGUACUGACAGUAGUGUGAUGCCUCUAUAGUUCUCACAUUUGCUCAGAUCUCCUUUCUUUGGUAUAUUGAUGAGGUAUCCUUCUUCCAUUCUGUUGGCACUUGUUCUUCCUUCAAAAUCUUCAUGAUUAGCAUGUGGAGCGUUCUCGUAGUUAUUUCUAUAUUUGACUUCUGUGUUUCAGCUGGUAUAUUGUCUGGUCCUCCUGCUUUUGCGCUUUUGAUUUGUCUG